AGUCCAAGGAGAUACAAUUUUGUAAACAUUAUCUUCAGGUUAGAAACAACAGUCUACUAUGAAGAUGCUGAAUGCGGACGUAUUAGUUUUUUGUUUCUUUCUUGGCCUGAGGGAAGGAUUCAGUGCAGUUGGCAAGAGACAGUACCAGAUCCAAAAUGGUCCAUGCAGCUACACCUUUCUGCUGCCCGAGCAGGAAAACUGCCAAACCCAGGGCAACAGCUACAACUAUCAAGUUCAAAAGGACGGAGCCACGGACAACGAUGAGUCAGCUCAAAGGCUGGAACAACUCGAGAUCAUCAUGGAGAAUAACACACAGUGGCUGCUUAAGCUAGAGAGCUACAUACAGGACAGUAUGAAACAGGACAUGGUUCAAAUCCAACAGACAGCUGUACAUAACCACACAGCAACGAUGAUUGAAAUAGGAACAAACCUGCUGAGUCAAACUGCCGAGCAAACAAGGAAACUGACCAACGUGGAAGCACAGGUAAUUCAUCAAACAACUCGACUAGAGCGGCAGCUCCUUGAGAAUUCCUUGUCAACCAACAAGUUGGAAAAAGAACUAAUUGUCCAAACAAACGAAAUUAACAAGCUGAAUAACAAAAACAGUUACCUGGAGAAAAAGGUGGAAGUGAUGGAGGAGCAGCGACAGGUGGAGUUGAAGAUGCUUCGAGACGAUAAGGAGCAGCUUCAGACUCUAAUACUGAAGCAGACCUCCCUCAUAGGUGAGCUGGAGGAGCAGCUGCUCAAAGUCUCCUCCAACAACACUGUCCUACAGCAUCAGCAACAGGAGCUGCUGGACACCGUCAACAACCUCAUCCACACUCUCUCCGUCGGCUCAGUACCAGAGACAAAACCCGUUAUGAUGCAGGACACUCCCUCCACUUUCACCGAUUGUGCUGCUGUCUACAAGUCAGGAAACACUCAAAGUGGAGUCUAUACGCUCACGUUGCCCAACACCACAACAGAAGUUAAGACUUUCUGUGACAUGGAGACAGACGGAGGUGGCUGGACAGUCCUACAAAAACGCUUUGAUGGCCGUGUUGACUUUCACCGUACGUGGCAAGAGUACAAAAAGGGGUUCGGGGAAGCUUCAGAUGAAUUCUGGUUAGGAAAUGAAUUUGUCUCUCGACUGACAAAUCAACAAUCCUACAAACUGAGAAUCCAACUGAGCGACUGGGAAGGAAACUCUGGAUUUUCACAAUAUGACCAGUUUUCUGUGGACAGUGAGGCACAAAAUUACAGGAUACACCUUAAAGGCUACAGUGGAACAGCAGGCAAAAUAAGCAGCAUCGGGCAGCCAGGAAGUGAUUUUAGUACAAAGGACGCAGACAAUGACAAAUGUGUUUGCAAAUGUUCGCAACUGACAACAGGGGGUUGGUGGUUUGAUGCCUGUGGUCCUUCAAAUUUGAAUGGAAUGUACUACCAACAAGGCCAAAACUCAAACCGCUUCAAUGGAAUCAAAUGGUACUACUGGAAAGGCUCUGGCUACUCACUGAAGUCCACUACAAUGAUGAUCAGACCAGCUGACUUCACAGGUCUCCUAUGAACUGACAGCCAAUUCUGUCGAGCACAAACCAAAACCAAGAAUAAAGAAAGAUCUCAAAGGAGCCAAAGCAUAUGAUGAUAUUUACACCAGUGCAUGUUUAUAUAAUUGAAUGUAAUUGAAUCAAAUGGGUUGGAAAAACUAAAUUGUGAAAUAAGUGACACUGACAAGUCAUAUCAGCUAUUUAUCCAAUCACGAGCGACCAGAGAACAAUUGGACAUUAAUUACUAUAAUUAUAUUAUAUAUUACGAAGCUGUUUAUUGAUGUUAUGGAUAAUAGCUGCUAUGUAUUAUUUAAAAAAAAAAAAAGGGGACAAUGGUACAGCUAUGUAGACAAACCUUAACCUUUUUGAAGAGGCUUUGUAAAACUAAAAUGUAAAUGUAAAAAUGUCACAAAAAAGUUUCUCUUUUUUAUUUUCUCCAGAGAUUAUACUGUAUGUAAAUGUGUUAUUUAAUUUAUAUGUAGAUUUCAAGGUUAAUAUUUAACAUUAUUAUAAAUGAUAGAGAAUUUUGACUACCCCCCUUUGUCGUUUGCUCUUUUUAUUUUUUUAGGGUUAUUUUUUGCUGCAUUUAUUAUUGUGUGUGUGGAGUUUCAUUCUCCUGAGACAUUCUUUCACAAACUUCUGAAUAUUCCUUCCUUUGAGUUUUGUGCGUUACAGCCUCACUUGGUGAAAAAUAAACAUGUUCUGAUCCUU